GGUGGCAGUCACAUGACCUGAGCGGAAGUGAGCAGCUCGGCCGGGCUGUUGGAUGAGGACUGAAACACUCAUAAACGCUUACUGCCACGGUUUAAAAAACAAACAAACAAACAAACCAGCCGGCUACUUUUAGUUUUAGCUGUAUGAUUCGCAUAUUUAUUGUCUUUUAAAAGGUCAAAUUCAUGGCUGCGACAGGGCACCAGGACUCCUCAGAACAAGAAAGCCUGUCCAGCUCGGUGACUCGCUACGGCUCCACGGACAGCAGCGGCAAGCAUGACAAUCAGAGCACCAGUCAUGACAACAACCGUGGCAACCAUCAGUGUCCCACGGCGAGAGCAGGUCACUGGGUCGGGGAUGAUCAGGAAGAGGAGGCCCUUCGCAGGAAGCUGAAAUACUUCUUCAUGAGUCCUUGUGAUAAAUAUCAUGCCAAGGGCCGGAAGCCUUUUAAGCUGGGCCUGCAGCUGCUCAAGAUCAUUAUUGUCACAGCUCAGUUAGUGCUGUUUGGCCUCAGUAACCAGGUGGUGGUGACCUUCAAGGAGGAGAACACGAUGACCUUCAAGCACCUCUUCCUCAAAGACUACGAUGAGUCCUCAGACGACUCCUUUGCUGUUUACACGCAGAACGAUGUCUAUGAACACAUCUUCUACGCCGUGGAGCAGUAUCUGGCCUUACCAGAGACCACAGUGGGACGCUAUGCAUACGUCUAUGGUGUUGGCGUGAAUGGCAGCGCGCUCUCCCUCUGCCAACAGUACUACAAGAAGGGAAGUAUUGACCCAGCCAACGAUACCUUCAAUAUAGACCCUCACAUCAUCGCAGACUGUAUAGGUGUGAACCCUCUGUCGGUCCCUCCAACUUUGCUCAGCAGCAGCUACAAGAACUUUACGCUCAAGUUCCACAAGCUCAUUAAUGUCACCAUAGAGUUCCAGUUGAAAGCAAUCAAUAUACAGACCAUCAUCAACAACGAGAUCCCAGACUGCUACACUUUUUACAUAACGAUAGUUCUGGACAACAAGGCUCACAGCGGCAAGGUGAAGAUCUGGUUACAAAACCAGGCAUCAAUAAAGGAGUGUAAAGACCCAAGCGUCUCUGGACAUGCUGAAAACUACUCACGUCUAGCUUUCGAUAUCAUUGUGGCUCUGGUCUGCAUGGUGUCACUGCUGCUCUGUGGACGUUCCAUACUGCGCGGCAUCAUGCUGCAACAGGAGUUUGUGCAGUUCUUUAAGGAAACUCUGCAUCGUAAAGUGUGCCUGGCAGACCGGCUGGAGUUCAUUAAUGGCUGGUAUAUCCUCCUUAUCAUCAGCGAUAUCCUCACCAUCACUGGCAGUAUCAUCAAGAUCGGCAUUGAAUCUAAGAAUAUGUCCUCCUAUGACCUCUGUGGCAUCCUGUUAGGGACCUCCACACUCUUGGUGUGGGUGGGAGUCAUUCGCUACCUCACAUUUUUCCAGAAAUACAAUAUCCUGAUUGUCACACUUCGAGCAGCACUCCCCAACGUGAUUCGGUUCUGCCUCUGUGUGGCCGUCAUCUAUCUGGGCUACUGUUUCUGUGGCUGGAUUGUCCUGGGACCUUACCAUGUCAAGUUCCGUUCCCUGUCAAUGGUGUCAGAGUGCCUGUUCUCCCUCAUUAACGGGGACGACAUGUUCGUGACAUUCACGGAGAUGCAGGAGAGCAGUACUCUGGUGUGGCUCUUCAGUCAAGUUUACCUGUACACCUUCAUCUCGCUCUUCAUCUACAUGGUGCUGUCGCUGUUUAUUGCUCUCAUCACAGGAGCGUAUGAGACCAUUAAGCACCAAACCCAAGAGCCCAUGCACAUCACGGACCUGCAUGCCUUCAUAGCAGAAUGUACUGACGCACCGAGCUCUGGGAAGUUCAGGGGUCUGGAGACCUCGCCGUGCUCCUUCUUCUGCUGCUGUGACAGAACAACGACAUACGAGGACGUCCUGCUGGUGAACUGAAGAUCGUCUCAGUGACCUCACUAGUCCCCCCUGCUGACCACAGGCAUACACUGCACACUCCCGACACCCAACGUACUGUGUCUGGGUUAAACCUCAACACUCAACACACUCGCCAUCAGCCGGACCAGCACUCUGUAGAAGGAAUUUCUAACAACAGUCUUUUUGUUGGACCUAUUAUUUUUCCUGUCGUCAACUCCAUGAAGACGAAACUGAGGGCUGAUGAAGGACUGGACUGGUCCUCUAUAUAAAGAGGAAGGUGCCAGGGCAUCAUGGAUGACUAAGGCAAAGACAUUUCUCUGUUCCUUGGUGGUAUUUAAAACAAAACAGUAUUCUUUUUCUUAUGUAUUUAAUAAUGCACAAUACUGAACCAGGAACAGGACCUGUUGUCAAGACACCAUGCGGGUACAAGUGCCAUGGUGAGGACUGCAGAAGUGCAGACAUGGCGCUGACUGUUUUUAUCUUAGUGUUUUGUUUUUUUUACUUUUAUAGUGUUUCAAAAUCAGUUACCUCUUGAGGACAGGGCUCUUAAAACGAGGAGUUUAUACAUCUCACAAAAUCUAUCCAGCAACUGCUCCUUUUUACUUUCACCCAACUCCUUAUUUUGAAAUAACUCAAUUUCCUUUACAGCCAAACUACUUGGCAGAGGACACUUGAAUCACACUGUGACAUGUGAAUCUAUACAGAAUGAGAGAAAGAAAUCCACGUUCAAGUAGUCUGUCUUUUUUUUUUUUUUUAGACAAUCAGGGACAUGACUUGCUGAAAAAUAACAGAAUACAGGACCACAAACAGAUAUACAGAAUGAGGUUACAGGUGUGGAAUUGACUUGAUUUUUUUUUUUUUUUUUUGCUCUCCCGUGAGCUCCACCUACAGUAUAAAGUUUCAAACAGAUUCUUUAGCUGCGGUUCUACUGCACAAGCAUCACAUUGCCUUCAAAUGUGGAUCUCGUGUUUUGUUUUUGUUGCACUUGAUUGCUGUAGUAGAUUGUGUUGCUUUUAUCCGAGUAAUGAUCAAUACAAUGGGAUGCACCCACUAAUGAAGCACUCAGCAUUUCCUGUGGUCAGCUCCAACAAGGAAAGUUGUUCUCCAGAGCCAUAUGCAUGUUUCUUUAAUGAUGCCAGAGUUAACAAGUUAGACAUUUUGACCCCUUUCUCCAUUUCUGGACAACACUGAUGGCCAUCAGCAAAUUGUACAUGACUUGAAAAAAGUCUUUAAAAAAACAGUUGAAUUGCCUAAUGAAAUGGAGCAGGGUUUUGGGUAGAUAACAAGAAGAUGUAAUGAUGGCAGAAAGAUAUUUCUAGCUCUGUAGUAAUGCCUUGCCAUAGCCAUGCUAUUUGUUGUCUUCAUAAUUAUGUCUCGUCUAAAACUGUAGUCCAGUGAUUGGAUCUUUAGCGGAUGCUUGAAUACUUUAUUUUUCUAUGUCUAUGGACUGCAUAAAAGGCACAAUAGUUUAUGGAGUCUCACUCUGGACACCAGAAGGUUUUUUUUAGGGAAAUCGUUUCUUUGUUAAGGAGGGGUGAUCUACGAUCCAAGCAGUAAUGGGUUCAUUGAGCGUGAGAUGACAGUAUUUUUUUCAGUCAUCUCGUAUUCUGUCUAAUAAGCAAGCAGUGUCACAUUUAAGCUAAUUAUUUUUAGAGACUUUGGAUCAAGAUGACAAAUCUGUGCCAAAUUUAUCCAUUGUCUUAACUUUAUACGGCAUUACAUGCAUGUAUAUGGUAUCUAGUAUUAACUAGAUGUACCUUUCUUACAGUUUGAAGAAAUCAUGUUUUUUAUAAAAAAUAAUCUGCAAUUGUACUUGAGGAAUGCAAACAUGACGUCAUCUACUUAGUGUCAUAUAUGUUUACUGAUUUAAAUUUUCCCAAAUCAUCUUUGAUAUUAAAACUGGUUGUCGAAGACUGUAAGGAUAAUUAAUGUAUUCUAGUUUCAUUCAAACGCAGUUCCUUUGAAUUGUCAGAAGGGGGAGCAAGUAGUUCAUGUGUCCGCCAGAUACCAACUCUAAGGACUACAAGUUUAUUUUUCUACUUGAAAAGGAUGGCAGAUGAAAAAGGCAAGUUGAGGUUUUAAAAAUAAACUAUGAUUUUUGAUUUUGCAAAUAAAUCCUUCAAUCCAAUCCAUAGUCAAACACAGCUGUUGUGCAUGCUUUAGUUGAGACGCUGCAGCACAAAGCUCUCAGAGGAGGGAAAUUACAAAUCUGGUAUGAUGAGCUAAUUUCCUGGUUAUUGAGCUUUCCAAGUGAGGCUUGGCAGGCGAUGUAGCACAUCUUGCUUUCCACCCACUUCACCCAAUAUCAUCAUAUAUUAUGUACGGCUCUGAGGAAGCCUCGAUGGUUUGUCUUGUAGUGUGUAAAGGAGGAGCAGAGUUAGGGGUCAGACUUUAAUGCAUCUGAUAGGCAUGUUUUAUUCAUCUUCCUUGAAAGGAGAAUUAUCAUUUUCACAGUUUUUUUCACAUGAGGUGUGUAUAUGUAGGACUACUAUAUCUGUGCUUUUGAUGCACAAUGAAAUCCCAGAGGAAAAAUCUUGCUCUAGAAGCUGCUAAUCAGUUGUAUUUUCAGUGUGCUGGUAUCAGGCGUGGUCGUUUUGUCA